CCCAUUCUGUCAAACCGUGCGUGUCCCAUCUUUAUUGAUUUUUUUUCUGUUCUGAAAAACAAAAGAAACCAUAAAAAAAAGAAGAAAAUAUCUGGAUGUGUUAUUCAGGUUUGUUCGAUUCAGAGAUAAGUGUUACAGUGUAAAAUCCGUGGAGAGAUAGAGACAAGGAUAAGGGACGAGAAGUAACGAUUACUGUCUUCUAUUUUUGUUCGUUAUUACAACCUUUUAAAAAUCUCAUAUUUUUUUUUGGGUUUCGUUUUUUUUUCCCCCUUACCUUUCUCCUCUCUCGCUCGAUUUCAAUUUGGGUGAGAAAGGAGCGGUCUUUUGUCUUUCCAGGGUUUAUCACCAAAAGCUUGUAUCUUUUUUUUUUUUUUGUUCUUUGUCUGAUUUUACUUUCUGGGGUUGUGUAGAUCUCUCCUUUAUAAAGUCAUCUGCAAAAAUGUAAGCUCUUCUCUUCUUAAUUUUCGUUUCUUUAUCUCUCCAGAUUCAUUUGUUUGAUCUGAUUCUGAUAUGUUUUAUUCCGUCUUCGUGUAAUUCUCGGUUCAGGGUUGAGGCUUGUUCGAUAUACUGAAAAUUAGGUUUUUUUUUUUUUUGUUCCUUUUCCUUCAGAAGCGAAUCUGGUUAUGUGUUUAGAGAAUAAAGUGCGAGACUUUUGACUUAUUCAGAGCUUGUUAGGAGUGAGUAGUGUGAAGGGUUUGUGCCAAAUAUGAUCAAACAGAUAUUUGGGAAAUUGCCUAGAAAGCCUUCAAAGUCUUUGCAAAAUGAGUCUAAUGGUGAAGGAGGGGUUAACUCUUACUAUGCUCCCAAUUCCACUACUAGUAGUACUAGUUCUGUUUCGAAACCUUCUUCAAAAUCGUCUGCUUCUGGUUCACGUGUAGUUAAUGGGACUCUUGCUCCUAAUCAAGGGAAGAAACCAUUGGGAGGAGAUGCUGUUGGUGGGGUUAAUGAGGCUUUGCCUAGCUUUAGAGAUGUUCCCAUGUCUGAGAAACCAAAUCUCUUUAUCGGGAAGUUGAGUAUGUGCUGUGUUGUCUUUGAUUUUAGUGAUCCUUCAAAGAACCUUAAAGAGAAAGAGAUUAAACGGCAGACAUUGCUCGAGCUCGUUGAUUAUAUUGCAACGGUUGGUGUGAAGUUUAAUGAUGUCGCGAUGCAAGAGCUGACAAAGAUGGUAGCGGUUAAUCUGUUUAGAACGUUUCCUUCUGCGAAUCACGAGAGUAAAAUUCUUGAAAUGCAUGAUAUGGAUGACGAGGAGCCUUCGAUGGAACCAGCUUGGCCUCAUAUUCAAGUUGUGUAUGAGAUUCUGCUCAGAUUCGUGGCUUCUCCCAUGACUGACGCAAAGCUUGCAAAGAGAUAUAUUGACCAUUCCUUUGUUUUGAAGCUGUUGGACUUGUUUGAUUCUGAAGAUCAAAGAGAGAGGGAGUAUUUAAAAACCAUUCUGCAUCGGGUGUAUGGGAAGUUCAUGGUGCAUCGACCCUAUAUCAGAAAGUCUAUUAAUAAUAUCUUCUACAGACUCAUAUCCGAGACUGAAAGGCAUAAUGGUAUUGCAGAGUUGCUAGAGAUUCUUGGAAGUAUAAUUAAUGGUUUUGCUUUGCCUUUAAAAGAAGAGCACAAGCUCUUCCUUUUGCGAGCUUUGAUACCUCUGCACAAGCCUAAAUGUUCAUCGGUCUAUUACCAACAGCUUUCUUAUUGCAUAGUUCAGUUUGUAGAGAAGGACAUCAAGCUCGCUGAUACCGUUAUUAGAGGUCUUCUAAAAUAUUGGCCUGUGACUAACAGCUCGAAGGAAGUUUUGUUUCUUGGAGAAUUAGAAGAAGUCUUGGAAGCAACUCAAGCUGCUGAGUUUCAACGCUGUAUGGUCCCUUUAUUCCGACAAAUUGCUCGAUGUCUCAACAGUUCACAUUUUCAGGUCGCUGAGAGGGCAUUGUUUCUAUGGAACAAUGAUCACAUAAGAAACCUAAUCACACAGAACCAUAAAGUGAUAAUGCCAAUAGUCUUCCCAGCUCUAGAGAGAAACACGCGUGGACACUGGAACCAAGCAGUUCAGAGUCUGACUAUAAACGUGAGGAAAGUAUUCUGCGACAUUGACCAAGUUCUCUUCGACGAGUGUUUAGCCAAAUUCCAAGUAUCAGAAGAGAAUAAAGCAGAGGUCAAAGCGAAACGCGAAAGAACAUGGCAGUGCUUAGAAGAUUUAGCGACUUCAAAUACCAUUGUAACGAACGAGGCAGUGCUGGUUCCAAGAUUUGUAUCCUCAGUCAAUCUUGCAAGCAGCUCUGAGUCCACAGGGUAGUAAUAGGCUCUGGUACGUAAAGAAGGGCUCUUGAAACGAUAACAAUACAGAUUGGGGGGUUUGAGUUGUUGGAGGAGCAAAGUAGAGGAGUGGUGAAGUAUCUCAUUCUCAUCAGUGAAUACUUACUUGUUUUAACAUUUUCUUCUUUGGGGUUUCUGGGUUUACUUCUUAGUUCUUUAAGUGGAAAGGGCAACAUAUGUACUGUAACAAAUAUUGUGGUCAAUAGACUAUAGGGAUGGUUUCUUGAGGGACGACUGUAUAAUUAUAUUUUUUAGUGAAAUCUUUGGGAUAUAACCUGAGAAUAUAUUUUUCUGAAUAAAAUAAUAAUUUUUCGUAAA